CAACUCCCUCAAUGGCAGCGUACCAUCUGAGCUUGGGGGCUGACCAGCAUGAAGAAUUGAAAAUGUCCACGAACGUUUCACAGGGUCUCUUCCAACCCAGCUUGGGCUGUUGACCAACAUGACUAUUUUAGCUGCCACCUGAACUCCCUUAAUGGUAUUUUGCCGACUGACUUGGGUAGGCUGACCGGCAUGCAAGAAUUGAGUAUGUACAGCAACGCUUUUAUGGGGUCUCUUCCAAGCGAGCUUGGCCAGUUGACCACAUGACAAUUUAGCUGCCACCGAACUCCCUCAGUGGUAGUUUGCCGGCGACAUUGGAAGGCUGACCAGCGUUGCAGAGCUAGGAUUGUCCACGAACACUUUUACAGGGUCUCUUCCGAGGAGCUUGGCAGUUGACCAGCAUGACACGUCUUGAAGUCUAUCUCAACUCUCUGAAUGGCGGCAUACCAUCUGAGCUUGGGUGGUUGACAACAUGGAAGAAUUGAAAAUACAGAACGCUUUCACAGGGUCUUUCCAAGCGAGCUUGGACAGUUAACCAACAUGGCUGAGUUUCUCUGUCCGGAGAACUCACUCAGUGGCAGUUUGCCGUCCGAAUUGGGUAGGCUGACCGGCAUUCAAGAGCUAGUAUUGUCCAUGAACUCCUUUACAGGAUCUCUUCCGAAUGAGCUUGGGCAGUUGACUAGCAUGACACUUCUUGAAAUCUACCGGAACUCCCUCAAUGGCAGCAUACCAUCUGAGCUUGGGCAGUUGACCAGCAUGGAAGAAUUGAAAAUGUCCAGGAACGCUUUCACAGGGUCUCUUCCAACCCACAUUGGGCUGUUGACCAACAUGACACUUCUUGAAAUCCACCGGAACUCCCUCAAUGGCAGCAUACCAUCUGAGCUUGGGUGGUUGACCAGCAUAGAAGAAUUGAAAAUGUCCAGGAAUGCAUUCACAGGGUCUCUUCCAACCCAGCUUGGGCAAUUGACCAACAUGACAGAGUUCAGCUGCUACCGGAACUCCCUAUAUGGCAGCAUCCCUUCUGAGCCUGGGCAGUUAUCCAAAAUAACGAGCUUGAACUUGAGGGAAAACUCCCUUUCCGGUUCUCUGCCAACUCAAAUUGGCUUGCUGACACAACUGACCGAACUGAGUCUGAGAAGCAAUUCAUUGGAUGGACCCUUGCCCAGCGAAAUUGGAUUGCUGACACAACUGUCUGGUCUGUGGGUUAAUGACUGUUUUUUUUCUGGUGCUUUUCCCAGCGAAAUUGGGCUGAUGGAGUCUCUGCAGAUACUGAACCUUCGCAACAAUUCCUUCAGUGGUUUGGUCAUCUCUGAAUUGGGGCAGCUUGGAAACCUACAAGAACUGGAUCUUGCAGUGAGUCCACCCUCACUGAGAGGGCCGUUUCCUUUCGAUUCCUUGCCUGGUAGCCUAGGCUAUCUGAACAUCUCUGGCAGUCCUGGUUUGGUAGGAUCCAUUCCAGAAGAGCUCUGUUUCCUUCAAAAAUCCUCUUGCUCUUAUGGGGAUGAUGCUCAGUGCUACAUUGACUUUGAUUGUUCCAGCUUGCUCUGUGGUUGUGAUUGCGACUGUUAAUUGUUUUUUGCUGAGUCGUGUACGUGCAGAACUAAUGAAUUCACUUUGUUGACACAGUUUCUUUAUGAU